AUGUUCCUCAGCGUGGUCCCCUAUACGGCGCAAUAUGGCUCACCAUUCUCUCGUACCAAACAGGGCAAAGUCGCCGAGUUGCGACAGGAGUUGAACAGCGGUGGAAAGAAAGACAAGAACCACUCGGCCAAGAAGAUCGCUCUCAAGAAAAUCGUCGCCAACAUGACCAUGAGCAAUAAUGAUAUGGUCGCUUUGUUUCCGGAUGUGAUCGGCUGUAUGAAUCUGCCCAGCUUGGAGAUCAAGAAAAUGUGCUUUCUGUUCUUGGUCAACUACUCGCGUUUGAAACCCGAAAUAGCGCUCAAGGCGCUACCGAUCCUCAUUGAUGAUAUGGAUGACACCAACCCCCUCGUGCGUGCCCUGGCGCUACGGACUAUCUCCUAUAUCCAUGUCCGCGAGUUUGUCGAGGCGACGGUGCAGCCGGUCAAGCGACUGAUGGGAGAUAUGGAUCCUUAUGUUCGCAAGACCGCCGCUUUCUGCGUCGCGAAGCUCUACGAGCACGAUAAGAAGAUGGUCGAGGCGUCUGAUUUGAUCGAUCGGCUGAACAGCAUGCUCAAGGACGAGAACCCGACGGUGGUGUCUAGCGUUCUUGCGUCCUUGGUGGACAUCUGGGGGCGCAGCGAGUCGAUCUCGCUGACUAUCGACUACACUAGCGCCUCGAAGCUAGUUUCGAUCUUGCCGGACUGCUCUGAAUGGGGCCAGUCCUAUAUCCUCGAGGCUUUGAUGUCCUAUGUCCCUCAAGAUUCCGCAGAAGCCCUGCUUCUGGCCGAGCGCAUAGCCCCUCGCCUGUCGCAUUCUAACUCUGCGGUUGUCCUGACCGCGAUCCGUGUUAUCCUCUACCUCAUGAAUUACAUUGCCGACGAAAGACAUGUCACCUCUCUUGCGAAGAAGCUAUCUCCCCCACUCGUCACCCUCCUCUCAAAGCCACCGGAGGUCCAGUAUCUGGCACUCCGAAACGCCAUCCUUAUUCUCCAGAAGAGGCCAGAGGUUCUUCGAAACGAUAUCCGCUGUUUCUUCUGCAACUACAAUGAUCCAAUCUACGUCAAAGUGACCAAGCUGGAAUUGAUCUUCAUGCUGACCACCAAGGAGAACAUCUCCGUGGUCCUGGCAGAACUGAGAGAGUAUGCGACAGAAAUCGACGUUCACUUCGUGCGCAAGGCUGUGCGCGCCAUCGGAAAGCUCGCCAUCAAGAUCGAGUCCGCCGCAAAACAGUGCAUUGAUACCCUCUUGGACCUGGUCAACGCAAAGAUCCCCUACAUUGUACAAGAGGCGACGGUUGUCAUCCGUAACAUCUUCCGCAAGUACCCCAACCAAUACGAGAACAUCAUUGGCAACGUGAUCCAGAACAUCGAUGAGCUCGACGAGCCCGAAGCCAAGGCCGCCAUCAUCUGGAUCAUUGGACAGUACGCCGACCGCAUCGAAAACUCCGACGGACUGCUCCAAGACUACCUGGCCACCUUCCACGACGAGACCGUCGAAGUUCAACUGGCCCUUCUCACAGCCACCGUCAAGUUCUUCAUCCAACGUCCAACCAAAGGCCAACAACUGGUUCCUCAAGUCCUGAAAUGGUGCACCGAGGAAACCGACGACCCGGACCUCCGCGACAGAGGCUACAUGUACUGGCGUCUGCUGUCCACGGAUCCCGCAACUGCCAAACAGGUCGUGAUGGGCGAAAAACCCCCCAUCAGCGCCGAAAGCGAGAAACUCGACUCCCGCACCCUGGAGGAGCUGUGCCUCAACGUCGGCACCCUCGCCACCGUGUACCUGAAGCCCGUCCAGCAGGUCUUCCGCUCGGCGCGCACCAGACGGUUACAGUACAGCCCGGCCCUGCAGAAGCCCCAGGAGGACCCCGGAAAUGCGGUCUGGCAAUUCCCGGCCCCGUCGCAGUCCAACAGCCCGACCGCCGCCAUGGCGGCCAGCGCAUUCCCGCCCACGGCUGCACCCGGCGACAUGAACGCGGCCGUCAACGCCGCCGACAGCUACUUCAACAGCGUCGGAAGCCAGCAGAUGGCUGCGCUGGACCUGGGCGGUCGCGAAGACGGGUCUGGCGGCGGCGGCGCUUUGCAGACGCAGUAUGUCGUCAACCAGAACCAGCAGCAGGUGUAUCAGCCGCAGCUGGCGGGUGGAGCGGCUACAGGCGAGUUGUUGUUGCUGUAA